UGCAAAACCAUCAGCAUUGAAAAUUAGUUUGAAAAAUUGGUAUCAUAAAUUACAUCGGAUUGAUCUGAAUUUCCUUCGACAAGUUACAAAUUUUAUUGAAUUAAUUACAUUUAUCAACCCUGAAUUGGAAAGUAAAGGAUUUAUAUUUUAUCAUGGUAUGAAAAAACAGACAUAUGCAUAUGGUGAAAAAGUUUGUGAAUGGUUAUCAUUGAAACAUCGAGAAAAUUAUCCACAAAAAAUAGAAAUAUUAUCGGGAAAAUCUAUACGAAAAGUUGCAUAUGGAUCAAAUAUGGUGGUAAUAUUGACUGAAAAUGAUGGACAAAUUUAUUUAGCUGGUGGUAGUUCACUAUGGCCAAAAUCAUCAAAUGAUGAAAUGCGUUUAUUAUCGAAAACAAAACAUUUCAGAGAUAUUGCUUGUGGUGGUUUACAUAUGCUUUGUUUGGAAGAGAAUGGUCAUCUUUAUACAAUCGGUUGUAAUGAUUAUGGUCAAUGUACAUCGACAAAAGAUUAUGAUUUUGAAAAUUUGAUCGAUACUGAAUUAACAAAUAUUCGAACAAUUGCAUGUGGUUGGAUGCAUUCAUUAGCUAUAACGGAUGAUAAUCGUCUACUUGGCUGGGGUAUGAAUUUUUCGAAACAAAUCGCAAACGAUAAUUCUAAAAAAAUUACUAAACCAUUUUUAAUGAUGGCCGAAGGUCAAUACGAUGAUAAAUAUGAAAGUAUUACAGCUGGUCAUGAAUUUACAUUAGCAAUUACAACCAGAAAACUAGUUCGAUGUUUUCAAAAUAAUCGAGAUAAUUUUGAAAGGCGAAUAAUCCUUACUUUUAAAAAUGAAUAUGAUUUCAAAGCAAUCGAAGUGCUGUCAUUAGCAUCAACAGGUUUAAUUAGUUUUUUUUAUGAAAACCAUGAUGAUUGUACGAAUAUUGUUAUUUUUGAUCAAUAUUCUUCAUCAUCAUCGAAAACAAUUGAAGCGAACAAUUUUCAGGAAAUGCUAGACAAAUUUUUUAUAAAACCAAUAACAUUUGGUUGGAGUAUGAAUACAUCCGAAGUUGAUUUGAAUCUUUAUCAUUAUCAGAUGUCUGAAUCAAUAGAAGCUACGUUUGAUCUUCCCGAUUCGGAUGUAAAUGAUUUAAGAUUUGAAUUUUUAAAUGUUAAUGAUGAUAAUACGAAAAAACGUAGCCGAUAUAUUUAUGUACAACGAUCAUAUCUACGUAUGGUAUCCGAAUAUUUUAAUCGAAUGUUUUCAAAUGAAUGGAAUGAUCAGAAAACAUUUUUCCAAUUUGAAUUGAAAAGUGGUGGAUUUAUAUUUUAUCUUGGAAUGAAAAACCAAACAUAUGCAUAUGGUGAAACAGUUUGUGAAUGGUUAUCAUUGAAACAUCAAAAAAAUUAUCCACAAAAAAUUGAAAUAUUAUCUGGAAAAUCUAUCAGAAAAGUUGCUUAUGGAGCAAAUAUGGUGGUAAUAUUGACUGAAAAUGAUGGACAAAUUUAUUUAGGUGGUGGUGGAAUGCGUUUAUUAUCGAAAACAAAACAUUUCAAAGAUAUUGCAUGUGGUUAUUCACAUAUACUUUGUUUGGAAGAGAAUGGUCAUCUUUAUACAAUCGGUUUGAAUGAUUAUGGUCAAUGUGGUAAUGGUACAACGAUAAAUGAUUAUGAAAAUCUAAUCGAUACUGAAUUAACAAAUAUUCGUACAAUUGCAUGUGGUUGGUUGCAUUCAUUGGCCGUAACGGAUGAUAAUCGUUUAUUUGGUUGGGGUUGGAAUUUUUCGAAUCAAAUCACAAACAGUGAUGAUGAAAUGAUUACUAAACCAUUUUUAAUGAUGGCCGAAGGUCAAUACAAUGAUAAAUAUGAAAAUAUUUCGGCUGGUGAAAGAUUUACAUUGGCAAUUACAACUAAAAAAGAAAUUCGACAAUUUAAAAAUUUUAAUUUUAAUUCUGAUUCUGAUUCAAUUUAUAUACCAUCAUUUUAUAAAUAUAAUUUUGAAGCAACCGAAAUAUUGACAUUAGCAUCAACAAAUUUAAUUUGUAUUCUAUAUGAAAAUCAUCGAUUUAAUGAUACAAAAUUUUUAAUUUUUGAUCCAUUUUCAUUAUUAUUUUCACCAAAAGAAGCAUUUAUGGAAUCAAAUUUUCAGGAUUUAUUUGAAAAAUUUUUAUCAAAACCAAUAACAUUUGGUUGGUGUAUGAAUACAGACGAAUUUGAUUGGAAUCUUUAUCAUUAUUUUAUGUCCGAAUCAAUAAACGCUACGUUUGAUUGUCCCGAUUCUGAAGUAAAUGAUUUACGAUUCGAAUUUCCAAAUGAUGAUUUUGAUGAUACGAAAAAAUGA